CCUAAUCUUAAUUUCAUAUAUAAAUUGUUGAACUCUUUUGUUUUGUUUAAUAUUGUUUCCUUUUAACUUUAUAAUAUUAUUGCAAGAAUUAAUUAAUUUCUCAUUAAGCUUUUAAACAUGUCACUGCCUAGUUGCCUAUAUAUAUUAAAAUAGAUACCUCUAAUUUAUUGAUAAGUGAUCUCUUUUAAGAGAAGGCUAUGCAGUUCAAAGAAUAUUCUUUUUUUAUAAACAGUCAAGACUCAUGACUCAUUCCCUCCUCCUUUCCAGCCAUCUGCUCUUCCAGCCAUCAGGAAUUGGAUAGUCAUAAAAUUAAUUACUCUAAUAUUUCUAAUUGUUAGUUUUGAAAUAAAAAUCAAUAAUUAUGCCUUAUAUUACAUUGUACACAGACUUUUUGGUCAGGAAUUGCCUUAUAUGAAAGGUUAAAGUGUGGGAUCAAUGUUUGCUCCAGCAAAGUAUUUAACCUAAAUUUUAUUUUAAUGGGAAAUUUUACUAAAAGAAAAAUUAUUUUAAUAUUUAAAAUAUAAAGUUACGGAAUAAAGACUUAAUUUAAAUGGAUAAAUGAUGAAUAAUAACUAUGAGCUGAAGGAAGAGGGAGUUGUACGAAGGCUUGGUCUGGAACGUAAUGCAAGUUUUGAAACUCCAAAAAAGAAAACACAUGUUCGAACCGGCUCAGAUUAUUGGGCAGAAGUAGCUAAAACAACCCCAUAUAUUGACAGAAGUACUGGUGGAUCGCUUGUGGUAACAGAUAAGGAAAGUUGCUGCUUUGGAGGAGGCUCCAACUCAACACCAGCUCUCUUUAGUCGACCCAAUCAUAAACAUCAAAAUAUUCAUAUUCGCUAUAGUGUACGAGAAGGGAAAAGGAAACAUAAAAUUGCAAGAUUUUAUGGCUCGGAUAAUGAUGCAGGCUGUUUGCGAAUCGUGGAACCACUUCUUCCAUCUUCACGAUCAUCUCUUGCGGCUGUUUGGUCAGGUGCUGUUAAAGAAGUUAAGAUAAAACCUAGUAGAAAACCAAGUUCUUGGGAAGAAAGCGUUUCUGCUGAGAGGCGUAGAUCUGCCGCUGGUCCUUUGACUUCUUUGCAUGUUGAUACGAAGGAUCUGCGUUACCUUUUUCAGCAUCCAUACCUUAGACAAUUUACAACCCUCCUUGUAAUUUUUUGUAACUUUCUACUCUUUGCAGAAGAUCCGAUUUCUCAUAGCCACACCGAAUCAGUCGUCCCAAUGGUAGGAAAUGUAUUCAGUUUUGUUUGCACUAAAUAUCCCCCAGAUUGGAGAUGGUCUCUUGUUAAAGUUCUUAUGUGGAUACUGGCAAUAUUAAGUGGUCUUGUUAUUGGAAAAUUAGUCCUUCAUAGCAUCAUUUUUGGAAAGUACCUGAGGUUGAAAAUGUUCCGAGAUGAACAGGGCUCUUGGAUUGCUAUGUUUCUGACUGUGAUUCUUUCAUUGUAUAUAUUUUCUCAUAUUUAUAAUCUUGUAUUGCAUAUUUUCUACAAUAAACCUCGCUACCAUAUUGAUAGUCGAAUGGGCCUUUCUAACUCUGCCGUUAUGAAAGGUGCAGCCUGUGGGACGUGGAUCGGAGAUCUAGUUACUUGGUUAUGUGUUACUGAUGUUAUGCUUCAAGAUUCUCUCUACCCGAACUGGGCUCCAAAACUCAGAGCUGCUUGGGUUUCAACAACCCUCCCAAGAGUUCUUUUGUUUUGGAUUAUUUCAGCAUUCGCUACAGCUUUUGUUGUCACUUUAAUAGUUUCUGAUCUUAUAUCUUGGGAUACUCUCAACAGAGAUUUUGUCGCAAGCACAGAAUUAUCUCGAGCAUUUUUGGCUUCGUUUAUACUUGUUCUGGAUCUGGUUAUUAUGAUGCAGGAUUGGGAUUUUCCUCAUUUCACUACAACAGUUCAUAUUAAUCUUCCUGGAUUCUCCGUCUCUACGCUGGAAUGGAAAUAUGCUGAACUUACCCUUACUGGAAAGUGGUUUAGCUAUGGUGUUAUAUUCAUGGUUAUGAUGUUAGAUUUAAAUAUGUGGAAAAAUCAAAUAUUUUACACUCCUCAUAAAUUUGGACAGUAUGUUGGUCCCAAUAAUAAAAUCCAUACUGUUCAAGAUCAAACUAUUUUACAAACAGAAAAUGUAAGUCUUUGGACAUGGGAGUCAAGAUCAAAAAUUAAUGAAACCACCAAACUUCCAUAUUAUUAUGAGGAUAUGAAAAUGAAUUCACGUUAUAUGGGUUACCCAUUAAUUAUGAAAUGUACUGCAUUCAUACCAUCAAUAUUUACUUUGUCUCUGUUUAUUUACCUGAUCUAUCUUUAUGGGAGGUUUCCUCAUGCAAAGAGAGUUGACCGUCAAUGUAAUAAUGAGUUAGAUACCGAAGAGGGAGUUAAAGAUGAUUCCUGAAAACAGUUAUUGUUAAUUAUUAUGACCACUAGCUCUUAUGCGCAUGUAAGCUUUUUGACAAUACAUCGUUCCUGAUAAUUGUAUUGUAUAGAUACUAACUUAAUAAUUAAUGGUCAAGUCAAUGUCUAAAGUCAAUCCAUGAUUUGAUGUUUUAGAAAAAUUUAUCUUGUCUUUGAAUCGUUGUGGU